UAGCUGGAGACUGGACCAGUUCACCUGUGGGUUAGUUUUGCUCAAAAUUAGUCUUAUAAGAAUGCAUUUAGUGUUUAGACUGUGAAAUGCUUGUAAGUUGCUGUAUGCAUGUAUCUCACUUUUAAUGUCUGUAUUCUAUGCUACAAAAAUACGUAAGUUUUGCUUUAUAACUUUGAAAAUGUUUGUUCUCAACCCAGAUAUGGGAAUCGUAUCCCCGCCAGCCAUCCAGAAGGACUAUCAAAAUAAAGAUGAGCCAUCAAGGAACAUCACAAUACAAAGGAUUGGUUAAUGGCCCUAUCCUACCUGGGAAAAGCUACAUGCAAGGAAGCUCAUCCUAUGGACUUGAAAACUGAAUGAAAGAAAUAGACAAAUUUCCUUUGACUUUAUCUCUCUUUGCUGUUUGAACUCUGGGAGGGCCAGAGACUGAGGCAGAUAUCCCCAGACACUUCGAAUUGACAGAUCUCUACAACUCUGUCACUCUAGUGAUUUAGAUGAUAACUCAUUUGUGUUAAAACGUAAUGGCUGCAGCUGUGUUUACCUGUAGUAUAAUCCUAGUGUUUAUCUCUUCAGUGAAGGCAGAGGAAUGCAUGGUACAUGAUGUGCUGCAUAGUCAAAGUUUGAUAUCUGUACUGGUAGGAGAACCUCUUACUAUUGAUUGUUUGUUAGAUAAAACACUGGCUCUUCAGCACAUGAAUUACAGCUUGACUUGGUAUAAAAGUGGGAGCAAAAUGCCUGUAACUUCCAGAAUACAUCAGCACAAGAACUUGCUUUGGUUUAUGCCUGCAAUUUUAGAAGACUCAGGAUCCUAUGAAUGUGUCAUGCGGAAUUUAACAAGCUGCAAGAAAAUAUAUUUCAGUGUAAUCGUUUUCAAAAAUACUGCUGGUUUGUGUUUUAAUGGGGAUUUUCUCUAUGCUCAAGAGAUAUCAGCAUCAUCAAAUGCAAAGAUUGUGUGUCCUCAUCUAGACUAUUUCAGAGAUGAGAAAAAUACUUUACCCAUUCACUGGUAUAAGGAAUGUAAUCUGAUUGACAAUGAAAGAUUUCUAAAUCGGGAUGAUGAUCUCAUAAUAAAUAGUGCAAAUGUAAAUGAUUCAGGAAAUUACUCCUGCAAGAUGACAUAUAAUUAUAUGGACAAAGAAUAUAACAUUUCUCGAAACAUUUAUGUAACUGUUAUAGAGACCCCACUGAAGAAGAGAACUGAAAUUCUUUAUCCAAGAAACAAUACAAUUGAAGUGGAACUUGGGUCCAAUGUUGUUGUGGACUGCAACGUAUCAAGUUUUAAAGAUAAUUCAAUUGGAAUAUCCUGGAGAGUCAAUAAUACUUUAGUCAAUUUUUUGUUUAUGGGGAGAGUCCAAGAGGGAAAUCAAGAAGAUUCUUUCCCAGAUGGGUACUUAUUCUCUACAGUGACGCUCAACAUCACAGAAGUGAAGCAGGAGGAUUAUGGACGUCAGUUUGUGUGUCAUGCUGGUGAAGUUGCAGCCUACAUUGCAUUAAGACAGCCAGUUCGAAAUUUUCAAGGAUACUUGAUUGGAGGACUCCUUGCACCAGUGUUUGUAAUAGUUGUUGCCAUAUUACUCUACAAGUAUUUCAAGAUUGACAUUGUGCUUUGGUAUCGAAAAUCCUGUCGCCCUUUUCUGAGUAAAGAAGUUUCAGAUGGGAAGAUCUAUGAUGCAUAUGUAUUGUAUCCAAAAAUCAACAAAGUAGAUUGCAUCUACACACCAGAUAACUUUGUGCUAAAGCUGCUUCCUGAGGUUUUAGAGAGACAGUGUGGCUAUAAUCUGUUUAUACUUGGAAGAGAUGAUUUACCAGGAAAAGCUGUGAUCAAUGUUGUUGAUGAAACCAUUAAGCAAAGCAGAAGGCUUAUAAUUGUAUUAGUACCAGAAUCGUCAAGUUGCAGUUUAUUAGAGGAUAUCUUCGAACAGCAACUGGCUGUGUACAGUGCUCUUGUCCAGGAUGGAAUUAAAGUUAUUCUGAUUGAACUAGAUAAAAUAAAGGACUAUACGAACAUGCCAGAAUCAAUCAAAUACAUUAAGCAAAAGCAUGGGGCCAUCAGAUGGAAAGGAGACUUCACAGAGAAAUCUUAUUUAGCAAAUACAAAAUUUUGGAAAAAUGUCAGAUACCGAAUGCCACCCAGACGUCCAACUUCUUCAGAACUACGCUUGCUGCCAACAGCCUUGAACACCUUUCAAACCACAGAAAGAUGAGGCAUAUGUCACUUUAAUGGCCCUGGGCAGCUCCAUUUUGAAAGCUGUCUUGGUGGAUUUUAUUAGAAUGCUGAUUGUGUACAUGGUAAAUGGACAAUUUCACGUAAAGCCUUUCAGGAUUGCAUUCACAGGUUAAAGAAAGCUAAUUAAUUAUCAUUCCGCUGUGCAUAGCUAGCCUGCAGGAUACACAGUACUAUUCCUUCAGUGUUAUAUUAAUGACAACAUUAGAAUGAUGACAGCAGAAAAGAAGCACCGAACACAGCAGAAACUCUGGGGAAAAAAUAAGCUUUUGAAAGGGCACUUUUAAGACCCUUUUUGAACAGUGUGUUUCUAGAAAAAAAACUGUAUUAAAGCAGAUUAAGUAUAAUGAACAUUCAGGUAUCUUUUAUGUUAACUGAGUCCAGAUUUAUAUUCUGAGUUUUGUUAGUGAUAUUUUAUGUCUUUAGUCUAGGAGUUUAACUACAAUUGCAGUAGUUAAAAGCGCAGUUCAUUAAUCUGUUCUUUAUCACGAACUUACUCAGUCCACCCAGGUUAGACCCUCUUCACCCUGCCACCAAGCACGGUCAGAUAUUGCCAUGCAUAUCCUGCAAAAGCUCAUCUUACUCUGAAUUGUAGAUCUUCAGCUCCCAACAAAUACAUUUUUAAAUGAAUAUGAACAGUUCGAAAGAUGGAGGCAGUUCAGCUGAAAGAUGCCACAGUGAUUAGUUUUUAAGCAUAAUAUUACUGAACAUAUUUUAAAUGAUCUGGAAGAGGGACAAAGGAUUAAACAGAUGUAAAAUGUUAAUUACUUCACUGAUAAUACUAAUUUGGGGUAUGAGGCAAGCACCAAGGAGCAUAAAGUAAACCUAUGAAGGCUGGAAAUCCAUGCGUAAAAUGAUACAACCUAAUCUAAUAAGAUUCACUAGAAGCAUUACAAAAUAUACUGUACUGAACAGUCAGUGACCUGGCAUAAAGACAGACUAGGUGAUUGAAUAAGUCUCUUCCAUCUCCUAAUGUCUAAGAAUUGAUGAGAAGUGAUAGCAGUGUGUUCAAUAUUGAUCAGGUAUAAGUAUUAAGUUAAUGGAGCAAGUGUGGGGGUUUUUUUGGUUUGUUUUUUAAGAAAAUAUAUGCCAUAGUUGCAGCUGAUUUUUAAUAAAUUUCCAGUACUGUUUUGAGUCAAUUUUUGAAGCAAACUGCAGGGAUUUGAUGGUAUAAUUUCCUCUUGCAUAAAUUAUAAUGACUGCUAAAGCCUCUUACAGUUUUGUGGAAAAUAUAACCCUUUUGAAGCAGCGGUUUAUUGUUAAGCAAAUGAGACUGAUGUUGACCAGAACUACCACACAGAGGUUGUUGGCCAGCAGAGAUGGCAAGUUUUAGAAGUGAUACCUAUUUUGAGAAAAGGAGGCAGGAUUUUCAUUGACCUUUCCUGGCACAGUGGAGGAUUUAAUGUUUGCAGGUUGGAAUAGAGUAGUUUGUGUAUACUUACCCAAAGUGUUCUGACUAAAACUGCUAAGAAAUUUAGUCUGCACUGGAGAGGACCACAAGGGCCUGGGAUAUGUUUAAGAUACAGGGAUUUACAACAACGAACUAGUCAAUGUAUUGGCCUUCAGUGGAUUACAGGUGGAAGGAAAUUUGUAUUUUUGUAAAUGAUAGGAAAAAAUCAUGCUCUUGAAAUGAAGAGAAGAGUAGAGUUGCAAAGUGCACAUUGGUCAUGUGAGAAAUGACAACCUCUAGGGCAGGCCAGAGAAAACUGUAGUGAAAUUUGGGAGAUCAAAUAUUGAAUAUCUAAAUGUAUGGAUACUAUACUGACCUUCUGUUGAUCUACUGGUUGUCUUCUAAAUUAGCCAGAAAAAGUUAUUUCACUCUGAAACUAAUGCUUAAGUUCCCAUGAUUACAAUGGAACUACUUGCAAAAAUAGUUAAGUGUGUGUGUGUAAGUGUUUGCUUGCCUAGAGGUCUGUGACAAGGGGGACUCUCAAUGCAGAUAGAAGUUGGCUAUGUAAAAGAAGAGCUCUGAUUCCUGACAUUAAAUCUGUAAUUGGUUUGAAAUUAACAAAUCCAACCCCUAGAAGUAUUGACUAUAGAUACAUGAAGCUUCACAGAAGACACUGCAUUGAUUGCUGGAUCAAUUCUUUUUUAAUACUGCUUAAUAAAGUAACUUGCUCAGGGUCUGAUAAGUAUGGUUUAUAUUAUAGAUAUUCUAGCAAGUGCAGCAAUACAUUUUUGUAAUUGGCUAUGAUCAAAGGUGGGUAUGGGGAAAUAUGAACUUUAUGUGCUCUCAGGUUCAGCACAAAAGGAAGGAAUUAUAUCACUGGGUCAAAGAACUGUGCUUAUAAAUGCUCAGUAUAUUUUACAUAAGGUAAAUUGUAUUUGUAUCAGUCAAUGAAGUCCCUCUCUCUCUAACAUACAUAUUUUUAAGAUCGGGUGACCAGACAGCAAAUGUGAAAAAUUGGGACGGGAGUGAGGGGUAAUAGGAGCUUAUAUAAGAAAAAGACCCUAAAAUCGUUAUAUCUGGUCACCCUGUUUUAAAAUAAGAGAAAUGUAAUAAAACCUCCAGACUGUUGUUUGAAUAGAGUGGGAAUAGUCAUGCUAUCAGGAAGAAAUAUUUUCCAUCUAUAGCAUUGCACAAUUGGAUAUGUUUAUUUUGAGGUUUUCUCCUUUUCUCUGAGCCUCAGGUACUGACCUGCAUCCCCACCCUGCCUUCCUACCAAAGCUGGUGUCACAUUUCCGCCACAACCAGGAUAUUUUUCUGCCUGCCUUCUUCCCAAAGCUUCACAGAACUGAUGAGGAACAUUGACUAUAUACCAUAGACAUAGAUGGCCCCUGUCCUUUUAUGCUGAAAGAACUAAACCCUUCCGAAAGUCAACACAGCUCUUUGUAGUGAACAGGAUGAAAGGUCUGCUGGUGUCAUCCCAGAGCAUCUCAUCCUGGAUAACUGCCUGCAUCCUGAUUUGCUAUGAAGGUUCUGCCUCCAGCCAUCACGACAGCCCAUUCCACAAGGGCCCAGGCUUCAUCAGCAGCAUUCCUCGCACAGAUACCAAUCCAGGACAUUUACAGGGUUGCGACGUGGUCAUUGAUUUAUGCCUUCGCAUCCCACAAUGCCAUCACGCAACAGGCCCAUGAUGAUGCCAGUUUUUGGGAGGGCAGUGUUGCAGUCAGCACAUUCAUGAACGCCAAGCCCACGUUCAGAGAUAUUGGUUGAGUCGCCUAGCAUGGAAUUGACAUGAGCAAGCACUCAAAGAAGAAAAAAUGUUUACUGAAAUUUCAUAACUGUUGCUCUUUGAGAUAUGUUGCUCAUGUACAUUCCAUUACCCAGCCUCCUACCCUCUGUCAGAUUUACCGGCAAGAAGGAACUGAGCAAGUGAAAGAAAGAGCAAAGAAAUCUGAUAGCUUUCUUUGAUAGGAUAACGAGCCUUGUGGAUAAGGGUGAAGCUGUGGAUGUGGUAUACUUAGACUUUAG